AUGUCGGAGGGAAUUGACUGUCCAUCGCCAUCACGACUAGAGUUACCUUUGGUGCGAGACUACACAUUAACCGUUGACGAUUACAAUUUGGCGUACCUGCAAAUUUUCUAUGACCAAGAGAGAGGUUAUGGUCGCUUAUAUCAAGACGCACCCUACUAG